CUUGACACCUGUCAAAUUAUGUUUCAUGGGAUAUUGGGUGAUCCUUCCAAAACUGAAGAGGAACGAAAAGAAAACAUAAGUAAAGCAACCAAGGUGAUGCAUGAUGAAAAGAAUCCAUGCAUUAAGUCAGCCCUCCCACCAGUGUGGAGUACAAGUUGUCGCUGAAGUGUCUGGACGAGAACAACUUCAACCGAGGCAUCUGUGUCGAUUAUUUUGAGAAUUACAAGAAGUGUAAAGAAUUUUGGGAAGACAUUAGAAUACAGCGACGCAAAGCAGGCAUUGUUCCAAAUUUGCCGACUGCAGCAGAGCGUCAGCAAAUCAAGAUGGAAUAUAUGGAAAAGUUGAGAACUGGGAGGCAAACAUAAGUUGGUAGGAAUGUAAGUGUUGCUGUUCGUGACCUGCUUAUUAUCACAAGUGUUACAGCAAAGAUUGCAACAGCAAAAUGAGUGCCAUGUUUCGAAUUGUUUUGGUGCCAACACUGGUAGCCAUACUGGCUAUAGUUGCUCUCAAGAUCUAUUCCAUCUACCCAAGUGGACAUACAGGUGUACUCUUCUUUUUCUCUACAAGUUCGCAUGAAGACAGGAAAGAGUUUAAAGCAACAAAAGAAGGCAUGGAGUUACUGCCAGUCUCUUCUUCCACACCAGUGUUUAUCAUCAUCCAUGGAUACACUGAGUCAUCCAUCAGACCCUGGGUAAUCAACCUCACUAAUGCUAUGUUGGACCACGAUGCAGUGUGUGUUGUUAUACUUGUAGACUACUGGGACAUGACAACCAUAUCCCGACCAUACAUGAUGAUCAAUGUCCGACACAUUGCAACUGUAACAGCAAGUAUGAUUGACCUGCUAGUUCUGGAGAAAGGUGUUAGGCUGAGCAACACACAUGUUCUGGGCUUCAGUUUAGGUGGAAGAAUUGCAGGACUCGUUGGUGACAGAGUCCAGACAGGAACCAUUGGAAGAAUUACUGGUUUGGAUGCAUCUUAUCCUUGGCUUCCACCUAAAACCAAGGAAGAGUUUUUAGAUGCUGGUGAUGCGGCUCUCGUGGUUAAUCUUCGAACUUCUUUCAUUGGAUCACAUUCUCCUCCAGGUCACAUUGAUUUUUAUGCUAAUGGAGGACUUUCUCAACCAGGAUGCCAAAAGUGGUACUAUCCUUACACAGCACAACAAGUUUGCAAUCAUUUCCGUGCUGUUGCACUUAUGAUAGAGGCAGUGAAGCAUGCCAGGGACAGAGUGUUCCCAGCGUGUGGUUGUCCAGACUGGAACACCUUUCAAGAUAACACCUGUGACUGUCACAAUGUUAAUAAUUUUGGCUUGUAUCCGAAUACCAGCGCUCUGGGAAAAUUUUAUUUUUCUACAAAUUCCGAGCCUUUAUAUUCAAGACCACUUUAAGGUAGUUUAUGUAUGUAUAUACGGUAGUGUAUAUUAGUGAAUUCUUCAAUAAAAUGUAAAUAGAAAUAUGCUUUUGGUUAUCACCAUGGACAAGAAAACUGUGGCCUAGAUGCAGCAUGCUGAAGAGUGAGAAAAUUUAGAAACUGUUGCGUACCCUGCCACCUUCACACACUGUUUGAAAAGCAAUUUUUUUUUUGUCAUCUGCUGGCAAUCUUGGAAAAUCUGGCACACCCACAUCAUACUCCACAAGACACAGAUACUGUAGUGCAUUUCCUCGUAUUAUACGACAGUGGUGUCACUGACUGAGAGUGACUUACUCUUCCCUCCUCCCUCCCUCCCCAGGAAAUUACUUUAAAUUGCAGUGUGGUACAGUGAUUCAUUUUUGUGGAACACUGUAUUUAUUGUCUGAUAAAUCCGAAGGAGAGAUUCCAAGUGCUCUCUCUGCUUCUACUCAUUUUGUAUAAUUUUAUUUUGUGAUAGGUUUAUAUAUUCCUUCUAGUUAUUCUGGUUAGUGAUAGUUAUCCCUAAUGUUUUUUUCUCCAACAACCGGCCGUAUCCCACCAAGGCAGGGUGACCUAAAAGAAAGUUUUUAUAUUUAGUAAUUUAUAUAGAAGGGGUUACUAGCUCUUUGCUUCCUUAUUUCUAAAUAUAAAAUUUAUAUAAAUAAGCCCUAAUAUUAUUGAGGUCACAUUUGUUUAAUGAAAAUUGGUAGUAUCUGUUUAAUAAACCUUGAAAUGUUUGGUUCUUGUCUAUAUAGUAAAGUUUUGAGAGCUUUAGGGCUUUAAUAAAGUUUGCAAAACCUGCUUUAUUGUCUAAUGAACCAAUUAUUUUCACAGUUUGUCUCUAAAUACUUGAAUUACUUAUGUUUCAUUUUCAUUGUUAGGUUUGUGUUUUUUGCCUUUUGGUUUGCAAGGGUUUUGUUGUAAUGUUAAUAAUGAAGAAAAUACUGAACAUUUCUUUUGUCAGUAAUUCUGCACAAUUAGAGGUCACUUAAUAAUUUUAGAGGACAUCAGAAUGUUUAUAAUAGAAUUUAUUCUACCUGUGUGUCAUAAUCCAAAGUAGUGAUUGUUUCAGCAUUACCUAUUAUGUAAAGACAAAUAUAUAUGAGAUAAA